AUGGAAUUUACAAGUCUGCUGAAUACUUCAUUGGAUCUCAAUGCAAAACCUCUUAGAUUUCUGGACGAAGAAGCUCCUCCUUUACCGGCGAAACAAGAAGUGGAGAGUAAUUUCAUUGGGCUGGAUGCAACUGUAACCGCAGUCAAAGAAGAGAGAAUUGGGUUGAUAGAGGAACUGAAGAGAGUGAGUGCUGAAAACAUGAAGCUGACAGAACUUGUGACAGUAAUGUGUGAGAAUUACAGUCAGCUUCAGAAGCAACUGAUGGAGCACACGACCAAACUUCCUCAAGUAUUGGAAAAUAAUAAUAUCAGUAAAACAAGAAAGAGAAAAGCUGAAAGCAGCAGCAUGAUUAAUAAUGGAAACAACAAUGAUAUUGGCCUAUCAGAAUGCAGCUCAAGCUAUGAGGAACCAUCCAAGAAGCCAAGGGAAGAGCAUAAUAUUAAUACGAAACCCAAGAUUACGCGUGUUUGCGUGCGAACCGAAGCGUCUGAUAAUACGAGCCUCAUUGUUAAGGAUGGUUAUCAGUGGAGAAAAUAUGGACAGAAAGUGACCAGAGACAACCCCUGUCCUAGAGCUUACUUCAAGUGCUCUUUUGCUCCUACUUGUCCUGUCAAAAAGAAGGUUCAAAGGAGUAUAGAAGAUCAAUCAAUGGUAGUUGCAACCUACGAAGGGGAGCACAACCACCCGGUGCCCACGACUCCAGCGUCCAACCGGAGCUCGACAAGUGGCAACACGGCGCCGACCCUCACGAAGCCUAACCAAGAGGAAAGUAGGCCGAUAUCGUUGCAACACUACUUUAACUUGGUAGAGCAAAUGGCCUCCACUUUGACAAGUGAUCCUAACUUCAAAUCAGCCCUUGCAGCAGCCAUUUCUGGAAAGAAUUAUGAGUUGUAG